AUGGCAAAGGGCAAGAGAGUCGGUGAGUCAAAGGGAGCGCAGAAACGCCAAAAGAAGGUCCUUCGGGAUAAUGUGCGAGGCAUUACACGUGGAUCCAUCCGCCGCCUCGCCCGCCGUGCCGGGGUGAAACGCAUCUCUGGCGUUAUCUACGACGAGGUCCGCGGCGUUCUCAAAACUUUUGUGGAAAGCAUUGUGCGUGACGCGGGUGCAUACACGGAAUACUCCCGCAAGAAAACAGUCACAGCAGCCCACGUGGUGUUCGCAUUGCGCAAGCGGGGGAAGGUUCUUUACGGGUACGACUGA